AUGCCUGUCAUUCGAACAGAAACCAAGGCAGCGCCAUUGCAGUACAAGCUUCGACCACGAAAAUCCAAAAGCCUAGCUGUACCCAGCUCUUCCGACAGCGAGGGCCGCGAAGAGGGUACAGCAAGCCCGAGUGCAAGCGACCCUGAAGUGCAAGAAUCAAAGGCCAGCAGCGACGAUGAUGAAGAUUCAGCCGUCAAGCCUGUCCGUCCUUCCAGGCUUGACCCUAUCAUGGCCGGCGCUGCACGUCAUGGCAGUGUACGUGAAGCUGGUGCUCCGGAAUUCUCCAAGAUCUAUUACCAAGUUCACGUCUACGACCAAGAGGGCAAGCAGCAGGAUGUGUCGUUUCAGGCGAGUUUGAGCCGCGGAUUCUUCCGCGCCAGAGGUGAUUGGACGUGCUAUCGACGGAACUACAUCACUGUGUCUGUGCAACUCGUCGACUUACCCCAGCCUUUGCUGUUGUACAAUGGUCAGACAUUGGAGCACUUUGGAUUCAAAUUGUCCGGCUGCACUUGCAGGGACCCGCCUGAGCCUAUUGACCUGAUUCAGCACACUGCAAAGCGAGACAAAGGCCCUCAAGACCAGCCAGAAUUCCGACCUAUUGAAGCGGCCGAGUUUCAAACUCUGUGGGACCGUAUCCAGUUCCGCACGGCUACUGCCAACAAUGGCAAGAAACAAGAGCAGCAACAGUACUUCUCUCUACGCGUUAGUCUGAUGGCCUAUGCUACUGGAAACAAUCUGCCUGGUGCUUGGGUGGAAAUUGCCGCUCGCUACAGUGACCCUUUGGUGGUACGUGGCCGAUCUCCUGGACACUACAACGACCCUCACGAUCGACCAGCCUCAUCUGUGUCUCCUGAACAACCGCAGGCUCGCGUCGUGCGUCCAACGCGAGCAAAACGUCCUCAUCAGCCCAUCGCACCACGUCCUCCACAACCGGCACCCACGUACGCAGGUCCAAUUAUGAUGGACGCAGUGCCAGCUCUUCGGCAGGCCAUUCGACGUGGUGAGCCGUAUCCUGUGCCAAGGCACGUUCAUCUAGUCUAUGCUGGAAAUAUGCGCUUGCCAGCUGAGCAGUAUGUAAGCUCAAGGACUCCACAGGAUCACGGCAGACCUGUGCAUCAAACAAUGACGCUCCCUCUGCCGCCACCACCGCCCAUGCAACUACAACUCCCACCUUUGCGAUUGGAAGGCUCUGGUAGCAACGAAGGUUCACGCUUGCCUACCUAUGAUGAGGUCAUCCAAGGAUCCAAGUCGCCUCGCAGUGGCACUGAGCAUUCGACACCUGUAUCGCUCGUCAGCCUGCCACAUGGACAGGAGACUGCAGAUGCGCCCCUUCUGGGGGACUUGCCUCCAUCGCCGCCAGCUGAUCAUAAAGCAGCGGGGCUCAGUGAAUCACGAUGCACCACUGACACUGGUCAUCCGCUUCUUGCUGGACAUACUAAGCUGAAUGAUGGCAGAGUCAGAAUCGACCAACUCUUGGCAGGCAAACAGUCGCCAGCUCCUGCUACAAUGGACACGAAGAAGAAAGACAAUGGCAAACCCAGUUCAACGUGA